AUGGCCACGGAGGUGCACAACCUUCAGGAGCUGCGGCGAAGCGCCUCGCUGGCCACCAAGGUCUUCAUCCAGAGAGACUACAGCGAUGGGACCAGCUGCCAGUUCCAGACCAAAUUCCCCCCCGAGCUGGACAGCCGGAUCGAGCGGCAGCUCUUUGAGGAGAUGGUGAAGACUCUCAACGGCUUUUACGCGGAGGCCGAGAAGAUCGGAGGCAGCUCCUACCUGGAGGGCUGCCUGGCCUGCGCCACGGCCUACUUCAUCUUCCUCUGCAUGGAGACUCACUACGAGAAGGUUCUCAGGAAGAUCUCGCGCUACAUCCAGGAGCAGAACGAGAAGGUCUUUGCGCCGCGAGGCCUCCUGCUCACGGACCCCGUGGAGCGCGGGAUGAGGGUCAUCGAGAUCGCCAUCUACGAGGACCGUUGCAGCAGUGGCAGCUCCAGCAGCGGCAGCUCCAGCGGCAGCGGCAGCGGCAGCAGCGGCGGCGGCGGGGGUGGGGCCGGGGCCCGGUGA